AUGCUGCUGGUGGCUCUCCUGGUGCUGGUCUUGGGGCCCAGAGCCCAGGCUGUGUGGUUGGGAAGGCUGGACCCCAAGCAGCUCCUUGGGCCCUGGUACGUCCUCGCCGUGGCCUCCCGGGAGAAGGGCUUUGCAGAAGGGAAGGCUGUGAGGAACAUCGAAGGUGUGGUGGUAACUCUGACCCCAGAGAACAAGUUGAAGAUGCUGGCCUCUCGGAGUGGGCUGGAGGGAUGCAAUCUGACCGUCAUGGAGUUGCUGAGGCAAGGAUCUGGAUGGGUGUUUGAGAAUCCCUCCCUGGGCGUGCUGGAGUACCGGGUGCUGAGCACCAACUUCAAAGACUAUGCCAUCGUCUUCAGCCAGCUGGGGCUGGGGGAUGAGUCCUUCAACACCGUGGAGCUGUACAGUCGGACCACGGUGGCCAGCACAGAGGCCACAAGCCUCUUCUCCAAGUGGAGCAGGACCCUGGGCUACCUGGCCCAGCAGCAGGCCAGGCUGCAGGAGGACUUCACCUGUGCCCACAAGAUCCUGCAGGGAGGUGCUGGGAGCAGAGCCUAA